AUGACAAAAUUAAAGUCAAAUCUAGCCGUUGUGGGAAUUGUGCCGGACAAGCUAACUGAGGAUAACUUUAUGAGAUGGAAAAUUUGCUUGAAAAAUUAUUUGGUUGGGAAUGGGCUUUGGGGUGUUGUCUCUAAUGAGAAAACUAGCCAAGAGCUAGAGAAAACUAGCCAAGAGCAUGAAGAGUGGGAGAAAAAGAAUGCUUUGGCUUUGCAUGCAAUUCAACUUUCAUGUGGACAAGCAAUAUAUUCCAAGUUUAAAAAAGCCGCUAUUACUGCUCACGAGGCAUGGACUAAGUUGGCACGAGAAUCAUUGCAAAUCUCAGAUCACGACAUAGAAAGUGGAUAUGGGCCGAUGGAGUCCCUUGAUUAUGGGCCCCUAUACAAGGCAAUUGAACAAGGUAAGUGGCAUGCUACAAAAAAAUUCUUCGAGGAGAAGAACCUGCCAUUUAGUGCAAUAGUUUCAUCACACAAAGAGACAGCUCUGCACAUGGCAACUUUGUCAAGACAAAAUAAAAUUGCAGAAGAACUUCUAAUAUUGAUGGAACCACAAGACUUAGAACUGACAAAUGAAUAUGGAGCUACGGCCUAA